AUGUCCACACGCAUCUUCCGCCCUUUCCAACGCAUCGCGAGAUCUUCAAUUCCAUCUACCUACAGAAACUUCCACGCCUCUUUGCCCAACAUGGUUGUCCACAACGUUACGAGCAAGGCCGAGUUCGACGCUGCCCUGGAGAAGAACUUGGUCCUCGUCGACGCCUUCGCCACCUGGUGCGGUCCCUGCAAGGCCAUCGCCCCCCUCCUUGUCAACCUUUCCAACGAGGAGGCCAACAGCGGUGUCCACUUCGUCAAGAUUGACGUCGACGAGCUCCCCGACGUGAGCCAAGAGCUUGGAAUCCGUGCCAUGCCUACCUUCCUCCUCUUUCGGAAGGGCAAGAAGGUCCAAGAGGUUGUCGGAGCCAACCCUGCUGGCCUCAAGCAGGCCAUUACGAAGUUGGUCGAAGACGACAAGGCUGCGAACGCCAACGAGGAGAAGCCUCAGGAAUAA